UGUAAUCGGGUGGCGAAAGACCGUAAUUCGGCACCUUUAUUGGUGUGCAGUAAACAGUCAUGGCAAUGAAAAGUUGUCUCUGGCAAGAUGGCUGUCUAUUCUCCGCCACAUCGUGAAUGUGCAUGACCACCCUGACCCGCUCCACCCAUCCUGUUUUCACGGCGAGAUGCCAGAACGUGACUGGCUGGUUGAAGGAUCAGAGUCAUUCCAACGCCUGAAAGCAAUUUUGGCAGCACCACACCUUCUGCGGGACCUUCCCCGGGCAUCACACAAGGCCCAGACGUUUGGCCUAGAGGCCUUUCAUAGCCUGCUCAUCCACUUCGCCCCUAAGAGCAGCAAGUUCACCUACGAAGGCAUGCUGGCAAGAACAAAAAUUGCCGCUCUCCAUUACAACGAGAACAGCGGCAGGGACAUACUCACCGACCCCAGUGGUGCAGAGAGAAUUUCACAGAGAUUCUCUCGAGGGGAAAAAGAAUGGACUGUAGUGCCAGUGAAACAGAAUGCAGGCUACGGGUACAUAUCCGUCCUGUUAACCAACGUGAUGGACUGCCUGGAGAAGUGGCCAUCGUUUUCAACUGCUGAGCAAGUAUCUGUGCGAAGGCAUCACGAGACGCUUUCAUCUAAGUAUGGUCCCAAACCACGAAAGGAAGAGGCAAGGAAGAAGCAGUACUCACGCUUUGCGCCUAAGUUAACCAUCAGUCCUGCUGAGAUCAUAAAUAGUGCUCAAAAAGAAAAGGACAGACAUAAGAACAACAACACAUGGCGCUGUGCCAUGUGUUGUCAUUCUUAUGUCUGUCCUUGUCUUUUUAGCGCUAUAUAGGAUCCCAGUAUGACACAUCAACCAGCCUGAAUUACCACUGUGAUCAAUCCAGCAGCCAGACACCCCCAUCACUAUUAAACGGCCCUUUUCAGGGCCACCAAAUGGCUGCCUUGGCGGGUGUGAGCAGAGCAUUGAUCCCAUUCUGCCCUCUUGUGCUGUGUGCGUCUUAUUAGCCUCACUGGAUUCAAACAUACAUUUAGUAUAGAGUACAAGCAACAG